GCCAUACAAAAUGUCAGCAGUUAGCUUCGUUCCCAUAAAAACAAAACAAAACAGAACAAAAGUGAGCUCCGUUCCGCGGGACCCUUAUUAAGCCAAUGCCCAAUAUAUAUGAACAUUCCUCAACAUCUUAAAUUCCUCAAAAUCCUUCCGUCUUGAAAAUUUCAAAAUUUAUUGCGCGCACAUAUUAAUCAAAAAAAAGAAAAACCCUAAGCCUAGAUUUUCAAGUUUUCCGACGAGAUUGAUUUUCCGGCGACUCUCCGAUCGUCGUUGUCGAUUUCUGAUGACGACCAGAAAAACCAGUAGCUGCUGCGCUAUUUGUGAGAAUUCAAAUCAAGCUUCUAUUUGCGCCGUUUGUGUCAAUUUCAGGUUAAAUGAGUACCACAAUUUGUUAAAGUUGCAGAAGAGUCGCCGGGAUUAUUUGUAUGCAAGAUUGAGUGAAGUGGUUGUGGCAAAGGGAAAGGCAGACGAUCAAACAAAUUGGAGAGUGCUUCACAAUGACAAGCGCUCAAAGUUGAAGGAGAAGCUCCGUAGUAAUAAACGACAUCUUGAGCAAGGGAAGGUUAGGAUUGAGAGGAUGUCUGAUGAUUUAAAAGAUAAAUAUGGUGUGCUCGAAUCAGCCCUUUCUAUGUUGGAAAAGUAUCGUGUGGAACAACUGGGAAAGUACUAUCCUAACCUAAUUUCCACUCAGACCUUAGGGCAUAUGGCAAUCACUGCUGAACGUCUUCAUAAGCAGUCCGUGGUCAUAAAACAAAUAUGCAAAUUGUUCCCCCUACGUCAGGUGAUUGUAGAUGGUGAAAGAAAAGAUGGGUCUACAGUUCAAUAUGAUCAAAUUUGCAAUGCACGCUUACCAAGAGGACUUGAUCCUCACUCUGUUCCAUCAGAAGAGCUUGCUGCAUCUUUGGGAUACAUGGUGCAACUUCUAAAUCUUGUUGCUCAGAACUUGGCAUCUCCUGUGCUUCAUAACUCUGGUUUUGCAGGUUCUUGCUCUAGAAUAUGGCAACGAGCUUCUUAUUGGGAUGCACGUCCAUCAUCUCGAAGCAAUGAAUACCCCCUUUUUAUACCACGCCAAAAUUAUUGCUCCACUAGCGGGGAAAAUUCAUGGUCUGAUAGAAGCUCAUGUAAUUUUGGCGUUGCUUCAAUGGAAUCUGAGAGGAAGCCACGCCUGGAAUCUUCUGGAAGUAGUAGCUUUAAUUUUUCUUCUGCUUCUCUACAUUCUGUUGAAACACACAAGGACUUGCAGAAAGGGAUUUCACUUCUCAAGAAAAGUGUGGCAUGCAUAACUGCAUACUAUUUUAACUCGCUAUGUUUGGAUGUCCCUUCCGAGGCAUCUACUUUUGAAGCAUUUGCAAAGUUAUUGGCCAAACUAUCUUCGUCCAAGGAAGUUCGAUCUGUUUUCUCUGUGAGAAUGGCUUGUUCAAGGUCAAGUAAACAAGUUGAGCAAAUGAACAAAUCUGUAUGGAAUGUGGAUUCUGCCAUGUCGUCAAUCACUCUACUGGAAAGUGCACAUGCAUUGCCUACAAUGAAAAACAUUUGUGAGAACCUUCGAAAUUCUGCUCCCAGUUUUCUUUAUGCCACUGAAUUGUCUGAUAAUGGAAAGAAUGAAUGCAUCAUUGAAGGAUGGGAUAUUGUGGAGCAUCCCACUUUUCCUCCUCCCCCAUCACAAUCGGAGGAUGUUGAGCAUUGGACUCGAGCCAUGUUCAUUGAUGCCACAAAGAAAUGAUCUUGCUCAUGGAAGAAGGCACUUAACAAGAGAUAAAGAUUGCAUGGAGGAUUAACAUGUUUGGCCUUUACCUCUUACUUGUAUAUAGAGAUGAUAUCAAAAGGUGUGCAAUUGCGCAUAACUGUAUGUACAUAUCUGUAAAGAUAGUAGUUUUAGGAUUUUUAUUCCCCCAAUCAUAGCUUUUCUUUUUAGAUACAAGCAAUAUUUAGAUUCAUCAUUCGUCCAAGAAAGAAGAUACACAUCUGUUGCCAACAAUACUUUGCAUUGAUUUUAAGGAGAAAUAUAUAGCUUUAAUUUUAUAUGUUC